AUGUCAGUUCUUAAUACUGCCUCAAUAUCCGGUAUAUCGGUUUUUCGUUUUCAGGAUGUCACUCUACGAUACCUGGGACUAGUACCACCACAAACAACUCGCUACAGAUAUCUAUAUUAUUUGUAUUCUUUCAUUUUAAAUGCCUUCAUAACCAUUGGCUAUCCUACUCACCUGAUGAUCGGACUCUUCAAAAUGCAGCAAAAAGCAGAUAUUUUCAAAAAUAUGUGCGUGACUUUCACUUGUAUCGCAUGCAGUAUCAAAAUUAUUGCUUUCUGGUGGCGGCUACCACAGGUACGCAAGACCUACAACAUAAUCUUGAAACUCGACAGACGUAUAACUCAUCCGGAUGAUAUUAAACUGUACAAGUCCACUAUAUUGCUUUCGGUUAAGCGGGUGCUGAUCUUUGUUAUUACCAUGUCCCUCUCUGCGUUUUCGGCCUCCGAAAUGGCGACAAUCAUAGUUGGCAUUAUGAGUGAGUGGCGCCUCAUGAAUCCGGCAUACUUUCCAUUCGAAAUUGAGCAGAGUGCUUGGCAUUACGCGGUGGCGCAUAUCUAUCAGGCUUCUGGAGUAGUAAUGAAUUUUCAAACUUGCAUAACUGACAGCUUUCCGUCGAUGGUAUUAGCAAUGCUAGCUGGUCACAUUCGUUUGCUGGGCAUACGUGUGGCGCGUAUUGGCAAACAAUCGACAAAUGCGCACAACAUUGAACUGCAGCAAUGCAUUGAGGACUACAAGGAUUUACUCGACUUUCGCGCUACUAUACAAUCGAUUGUAUCGGUUGGUACUUUCGCGCAAUUACUCGCCACCGGCAUUAACAUGUGCGUGGUAAUUUUUUAUAUGCUAUUCUAUGUGAAUGAUGUUGCAUGGUAUAUCUACUAUGUGGUAUAUUUAGUGGCGAUUUCGAUGGAAAUAUUUCCGCAAUGCUACUAUGGCACCUGUGCGGAGAUGGAGUUCGAAAAGUUGACCUAUGCCUUAUUUUCAUGCAACUGGAUGGAUCAAAGUGCUGCUUUUAAGAAAAAUCUUCGCAUUUUCGCCGAGCAGACGCUACGCAAACAAAUUAUUCUUGCCGGUGGCUUAUUUCCUGUUAAUUUGGAUACAUUUUUUGCAACUCUAAAAGGUGCUUAUUCGCUGUAUGCGGUUGUGAAGCAAAUGAAGUGA